AUGGGGGUGGCUCAUCCUUUCUUCCAAGGCGAGAACACGUCGGAUACUGUGCGCACCUCCUUGGAUCUUUUCCAAAAUCCCAAGAAUCAUCCUGAUGCCGUCGGUACCAUCCUUACCUACAGUGGCAGCCGUACUGGUUACACCCCGGCCUCUUUAUCCCAAGCCGAAACCGCGUCGAAAUUUAUGGAUUACAUUUCAGAUGUCUCCCGUUUCCCCGGUUUCUUGCUCGAGCACUCAUCCCGAGAAAGAUUCGAAUUGAAUGAAGUCAACAUCAACCUUAUUGCAAACCGCAUCAAGGAAGCUUACGAGGGUUAUCUCAAAAUUGAUAUCAACCAGGUUAUCAGCUCCAUCCAAGGUUUGGUCAACGCGGUCAUGUCCGAGUCGCAGCAAAAUGCAUACAAGUCUCUGUUUGACCAGUCGCCUGUCGUCAAUGUGGAUGGUACGCUCGUCAUCUUUAUCAACUAUGUGACUCUCAACAUGACCAAGACCCAGAGUGGUAAGACAACUGUGAAGACUCAAACCUACGAAAUGCAGUUUGCGCGCUUUUCGUUGAACAGAGGCUUUAUCAUUGCCAACGCACAAAAACUUGCCGAUGCUUUGGGUGACGGUGGACUCGAUAACUGGCUUAACCAAGGAACUUCCCCUCAGAAGAAGGGUGUCAAGACAUGCUUUAGCAAUAAUUAA